CUCAAGCCCAAAAAAUACACCGUUCGGUAUCCAAAAUGGAUGGUUGGAAAACGUCUACUCUAUGCUUCCUCCGCACUUGCGUCUCUGGGGGACGCACUCUUUGGAUAUAGUCAGGGGGCCAUCGCAUCCGCUCAAGUUCAGCCAUCAUUCAUCAGUCGGAUGUACCACGUGAACCUAUCCUUGGCGGAAAUCGAUGCUGGGAAGAUUGGCGUUUCACCAUUGACACAAUCCAUCGUCGUGGCCUGCCUCAACGUCACCGCCCUUCUGGCCUCCAUCUGCGCAGCGUACAUCUGUGAUAUCCUGGGCCGCCGAAUGUCUGUUCGAAUAGGUGCUAUGAUCUACUUCCUCGCCGCAUUCAUUCAGGUCUUCAUGCCCAAUCUCGCCACCCUCAUUAUCGGACGGUGCAUUCAAGGCAUUGGCGUUGGCAUGCUCUCCAUGACCGUCCCAAUUCUCCAAUGCGAGAUCGCUCCAGGCCACGCUCGGGGGAUGUUCGUCUCUAUUGAGUAUCUAUGCCUCAACUCUGGGUACGCUCUGUCUGCGUGGGUCGGAUACGCGUUCUUCUUUGCUAUGCCCUCUGAGAUCUCCUGGCGUGGACCCUACAUCGUUCAAGCUGUUCUAUCUGCGAUAUUGGUAAUCUGGACGUUCUACCUUCCGGAAACACCCCGCUGGUUGAUCAAGAACGGGUUCAAAAAGGAGGGUUUGGGCGCUCUUGCUGACUUGCACGGAACAGGUGACGUGGAGGAUGAAUCUAUCGUCCAAUCCUUCAUAGCGAUAGAAGCCGCCAUUCAACUUGAACAAAGUAUGGGGGACUCGUCUUGGAGACAACUUUUCUCGCAAUACACUCGCCGGUCCAUCGUAGGAAUUACAUGCCAACUUUUCGCUCAAAUCAACGGCAUCAAUGCGAUCUUAUACUUCCUACCCGAAAAUCUUGCUAGAGCUGGCUUCAGUAUCGCAAGGUCGCUAUUAUACUCAGGCGCUUGUGCUCUUAUUUACUGCGCGGGUACAAUACCCACAAUGUUCUUCAUCGAUAAAUGGGGGCGGCGAAGGUUUUUGAUCUGGGGGAGUUUCGGGCUUGCGGCGGCGCUUGCGAUAGUCGGCGCUCUGCAGUUUCACGCGGACACGUUGCCGUUGGGGAUUGCGAGAUUGGGUUCAGCAGAUGGCAUCUUUACUGGUGUAUGUCUCUACCUUUUCAUUUUCGGCGCAACAUGGGGCCCGACACCAUGGCUUCUUGGCGCCGAGAUAUUCCCGCUGCGUGCGCGAGCUAAAGGAAUGGCGCUAUCGACCAGCACUAACUGGGUCUCAAACUUCAUCGUCGCGUUCAUCACCCCACCUCUGUUCUCUGCACUACACGGGGGCUAUUACUUUCUCCUUCUGGGUUCAUGUUUGAUCUCAGGCGUCGUAGUCUGGCUAUUAUAUCCAGAGACGGCGGGGAGAACGCUCGAAGAGCUUGGAGAGGUGUUUGGCGAU